UCAUCAUCCAAAACUAACUAACAUACACUUCAAACUUCUUCCCUCUCUUUCUCUCUCCUUCUCCUUUACACACAAAUUGCACAAAGUUAAGUGAAGUGCUAAAAAAUGGCUAGAUAUGCAAUGUUAAUCUUCUUCUUCUUCUUCUUAAUUACUUUGUUAGCCCCUACCUUUGUUCUUUCUUCAACAGCAGUUGUCCCUGACCCUGAACUUGUGGUACAUGAGGUACAUAGGAGUAUCAAUGAGUCCAUUGCUAGGAGGAACUUGGGCUACCUUUCAUGUGGAACAGGAAACCCCAUUGAUGAUUGUUGGAGGUGUGACCCGAACUGGCACGACAACCGCCAACGGCUAGCCGAUUGUGCAAUCGGGUUCGGUAAGAAUGCAAUCGGAGGCAAAAACGGGCGCAUUUACGUGGUGACAGACUCGGGUGAUGAUAACCCGGUUAACCCAAAACCCGGGACCCUUAGGUAUGCUGUGGUCCAAGAUGAGCCAUUAUGGAUCAUAUUCGAAAGAGAUAUGGUAAUCAGAUUAAAAGAAGAGUUGAUCAUGAACUCCUUCAAAACAAUUGAUGGAAGAGGAGCUAGUGUCCACAUUGCAGGUGGGCCAUGCAUCACCAUACAAUACGUGACUAAUAUCAUCAUACAUGGUAUCAAUGUACAUGAUUGUAAGCAAGGUGGGAAUGCUAUGGUACGGAGCAACCCUCACCACUACGGAUGGCGGACGAUAUCGGACGGUGACGGUGUGUCCCUCUUUGGUGCUAGCCAUGUUUGGGUUGACCAUGUUUCGUUGUCAAAUUGUAUGGAUGGGUUGAUUGAUGCUAUCAUGGGUUCGACCGCCAUCACUAUUUCUAACAAUUAUAUGACUCACCAUGACAAGGUUAUGUUGUUGGGACAUAGUGAUUCAUACACUGAUGACAAGAAUAUGCAAGCUACCAUUGCUUUUAAUCACUUUGGUGAAGGUCUUGUUCAAAGGAUGCCAAGAUGUAGACAUGGUUACUUCCAUGUGGUAAACAAUGACUACACCCAUUGGGAAAUGUAUGCCAUAGGUGGAAGUGCUAACCCUACCAUCAACAGCCAAGGCAACAGAUUUUUGGCCCCUGAUAGAAGGUUUAGCAAAGAGGUGACUAAACACGAGGAUGCACCAGAAGAUGAAUGGAAGAAUUGGAAUUGGAGGUCAGAAGGUGACCUAAUGCUCAAUGGUGCAUUUUUUACGCCAUCGGGUGCUGGUGCUUCAGCAAGCUAUGCAAGGGCCUCAAGUUUGGGAGCUAGGCCAUCUACCCUUGUUGGCUCAAUUACUUCUACUGCCGGUGCACUUAAUUGCAGGAAGGGAUCUCGUUGCUGAUCUUUAAUAACUUUAAUUAUCUGAUUAAUUCAUAGGAAAUUUUUAUUGAAGGGAGUGGGAUUAAUUUAUAAUUUCAGGGAAGAAACCUAAAAUAAUUCUAUAGUUUCUUCCUGAUUUUAUUUUUUUACCUUUUGACUUUUUACCUUUGUCUCCUCUCUUUUUUUUGUUUUUCUUUUCUUUUACUUUGUUUGUUUUCUUUUGACUGUCUUGUUCUCAGUUUGUUUUUGUUUUUGUUUUUUGGGUUGACCCAAGAAAUUACAACCUCUGGCUGUUACUCUAAACCAAUCAUUUGAAUUGUAAGGUUAGAGCUAACAAGUGCAGAUGUGUUGAUAAUAUAAGUUAAUGAUAUAAUACUAGAUUGUUACACUUUUUUUUAA